AUGUGGCGUUUUCUUCUUCUCUUGUUCUGUCUUCACGGAUUGAGAGAUGCAACUGGCUUGCCGGACCCUCGUCUUCCGGGAAACGUUAUUCGAGACCACAUCAAGAAGUACAUCGAUUUCUCCGUUGAUCCAUGCGAGGAUUUUUAUGCACACGUCUGCCCUAAAGAGUUUAACUUGAGCUUUCUCUCGGACCUCAUGAACAUCAAAACGAAACUUGUUCACGAGUAUAAGAAUAAUAAUCCGGAUUUUUCCCAAUGGACGAACCUUCAUGAUGGAGCAAUCGAUGAAAUUAUAGAGUUUUUGUCAGCAGAGGAAAGAUGCAUUGACACAAAAAAUAUUUUUGUUGGAUCGUACCUCUAUCUGAAUGAUAGUAUUCUUGAUGGAUUCGAAACUGCGGAUUGUGCCGGGAGGGAAAACAUUUUGAAAGCAGUUUUCAAUUCAAAUCGGGUCUACUAUGAACAAUCGAGAAUCGAACUUGCUGCUGCUGUGGACGCUCUUGUUGCUAGUAGGCUCACCAAACAUCUGAAUGGGGACGCCAAGAAACUCUUUGAACAACUGAAGAACGUCAUGCGCAAAGAGUUCAAAAAAACACCCUGGGCGAAACAUAAUCAUGCUGUUAAGAAAUACGAGGAAGCUCUGGAGAAAAUCACUUUCUGGACGUUCUCAGAUGCCGAACAUAUCAUCAGCACAGCUUUCAGAAAAUAUGAACUCAGCUUCAAUAACUGUUUCAAGAAAUUGAAGACUGCAUACAAUGACAAAGUGUCAACGACGUUUUGCAAAGUGAUGGCAACUAACAAUGCAACUAACUUCUUACAUGAAUCCACCGAGAAACUUUUUGAAAUGGGACUGAAAGAAAUAAUCGGUGAUCGACUUUCAUUGUUCAACUAUAUGGAUUACAGAAUCUACAUGUCAAACGAUUUCCUGCUUCUCAUGAAUACUAACGACACUACGGAUUUGCACGGUACACUUGGUUUCCUCCUCCUUCAUGAGAUUAUGCAUACAUUUGUGUUUGGUUAUGAGGACAUCGAAAAUGGGAAUGAACUAUACUCGUACUGGACCAAACAUGCUGAUUGUGUAGCUAAGCAAGCUGCAAAGACAUGUGAAACAUUCAAAACAGUGUUCGCUGAGGAUGGGGAGUCGCAGGGAUGCAACGCAACCAUCACAUUUGAAGAAGACGCUGCUGAUCUUGCUGCCUAUCGUCUGGCCUAUAAAUUGGGCAAUCGAAAAUUCACCAGAAAAACGAUGGUAGAGAACUAUGAAUCAAUCACAAAGGAUGAGAUGUUCUUCUACGGCGCGGGUAUGAUCCUAUGCAUUCCGAAUGCAAUGGAUCACACACUGUUCUCCGGACAGCCACACUCCAACAACUAUCAAAGAGUGAACUCAUUGAUGUCACAAAUGAAUGAGUUCAAGACUGCGUUUAAGUGUAAGGAUACCGACAAGAUGAUUCAGAACAAAGCCGCAGAGUGUACCCUGUAUGGAUCGAAGGCCCCGUACACCAGAAAGAAUUCUUCUGAUUGA